AUGGUAUUGACUCAUUCAGUAGCCAAAGAUGGUACUCAUAUCUUUCAUAAUAAGUUAACCAACAACUACCUUUUAGUGGGGGAUAAUGGUAAUAGUAUUGAGACAACUAAGGAAUAUCCAUCAACAUUAACCAGUGAUACCAAUGCCAUUUCAUGUAUUAUUGGUGUGAUUAAAUUGAAGAUCAACUCAUAUAUAAUUAUUGCUGAUAAGCAUCUCGUCACUGGGUCAAUUUUAAACAAGGAGAUUGCUUUGAUCAAGAGCUAUAAGAUUUUAUCAUUGAGUGGAGCCAAGCCAGCAAGUGAGGAGAAGGUAUACUUGAAUCUUUUGGAUGAACAGUUGAAGAAUGGUACUUUAUAUUACUCUAUUGACAACCAGUAUGAUAUCACUAACUCAUUGCAGAAACAAUACACUACGGAGCAUCCUAAAAUUGAUGAAAGAUUCUGGUGGAACAAAUAUAUUUCAUCUCCUUUAAUUGAAGCUGAUUCUAAAUUUGAGUUUAUCACCCCAAUCAUAUACGGAUAUUUCAAAUCUCACUCCACUAUUUUCAAUGGCAGGGCAUUGCAAUUUGCUUUGUUGACACGUCGUUCCAAUGAGAGAGCUGGUACAAGAUAUUUCCGUCGUGGUAUUGAUGCUCAAGGUAAUGUGGCCAACUUUAAUGAAACUGAGCAGUUUGUCACUACUGAUGAUAAUCAUAUUUACUCGGUUUUACAAACGAGAGGUUCAGUGCCAGUGUAUUGGGCCGAGGUCAACAAUUUGCGUUACAAGCCUAAUUUGGAGAUUAGUUCUCAGCCUUCAGGAGACGCUACUGCGGCUCAUUUCAGUCAACAAGUGGAAUUCUAUGGUGAUAACUAUUUGGUUAAUUUGGUUAAUCAACUGGGAUAUGAAAAGCCUGUUAAACAAGCGUACGAAGCAGCAGUGGAGAAUUUGCCGGAAAAAUUGAAAGCUCAUGUUCAUUACAUUUAUUUUGAUUUCCAUCAUGAAUGUAAAGGUAUGAGGUAUGACAGAAUUAAUUUGUUGUUGGAUCAUUUGAUUGGAUUGGGCUACACUUCAGACAACUAUUUUGAGAUUGACCUAAAUGCAAGACAAAUUGUUCAUUUGCAAAACUCUGUAAUUAGAACAAAUUGUAUGGAUUGUUUAGAUAGAACUAAUGUUGUCCAAGGCUCAAUCGGUAGAUGGGUCUUACAGAACACUUUGGUUAAAUCAGGAUAUUUGAACUCAAUUGAAACUCCAUUUGCUAAAGUGGACCCACAGUUCAACUUAUUUUUCCAAAAUUUCUGGGCCGAUAAUGCUGAUGCUGUUAGUUGCGCUUAUUCAGGAACUGGUGCUUUGAAAACUGAUUAUACACGGACUGGUAAGAGAAGUUAUCGUGGUGCUCUCCAAGAUUUGAGGAAUUCACUUACUCGUUAUUACAAGAAUAACUAUUCUGAUGGAAGCAGACAAGAUUCAUAUGACUUGUUUCUUGGUAAAUACAAACCAUACCAAGAUGCGGUCCAAUCGCCAUUUAUUGAUGUUAGGCCAGCCUAUGUUCAAUUGUUGCCCUAUUUAAUGGGUACUUCGUUCUUGAUUAUGUUGGCAGUUUUGUAUUACCCAAGAGGUUCCUUGUUGGAUUUAAAAAACUUGGCCAUAAUUGCCUUGUGCUUGAUCUUCAAUGUUAGAGGUUUAUCCUGGGUUCUUGCUAAUGGAUAUCAAUAUGUUGAUUGGCCAAGGUUAGUUCCUUUGGAUUAUUUGAGAAAGCAAAAUACUUUUGAUGCAGAUGGUAAAUUGACAGGCACAAAGUAUGAAAAGACAGAUUACUUCAAAGGUAUCAGCAAGAAGAAGAACUAG